AUGUCUCCAGCAGCCACAAAUGGCGGCACUAACGGUGCCACCGAAGGGGCUACCAAUGGCCAUUCAAACGGGGCGAAAGCACCCAUAUCCUCACGUUUCGACCCUUCCUUCACACAAAAAGUCAUCGAUACAAUGGGCCCCAACGUGACGCCGAGGAAUCGGGUUGUACUCAGUGCUCUGCUCAGGCACAUACACGACUUCGCUCGGGAGACGGAGCUCACGAUCGACGAGUGGAUGACCGGCGUUCAUUUCAUCAACUCCAUUGGCCAGAUCUCCACCCCAACGCGAAAUGAGGCACACCGAAUAUCUGACAUCGUGGGUCUCGAGUCUCUCGUCGACGAAAUCGCCCACAAGAUCAUCGCCGAGGGCGACGUGGACCCGACCUCGUCAGCAAUCCUAGGCCCCUUCUGGUCGCCCAACGCGCCGUUCCGUGAAAAUGGUGAAACCAUCAUCCAAGACCCGGCUAAGGGCGGGCGCGUGUGCCUGAUGCACGGCGUCAUCAGCGACCUGGUGACAGGCAAGCCAAUCCCGGGCGCCGUCUUCGACAUCUGGCAGGCCUCGUCCAACGGCAAAUACGACUUCCAGGACCCGGAGAACCAGACGGACAACAACCUACGGGGCAAGUUCCGCGCCGACGAGAACGGAAAGUAUUGGUUUUACUGCUACCACCCCACGGCGUACUCGCUACCUACCGAUGGGCCGUCAUACAAGAUGUUGACGUUGAUGGAUCGUCACCCGAUGAGGCCGGCGCAUAUUCAUAUUAUGGUCACGCACCCUGAGUUUAAGGGCUGCACUACGCAAUUAUAUCCCAAGAAUGACCCGUGGCUCGAGACAGACACCGUCUUCGCCGUUAAGGACGACUUGGUGGUAGACUUCAAGCCACUCAAGGGCGAUGACCUUGCCGAGCUUGAACUCGAGUAUAAUGUCAUUCUGGCGCCGAAGGAUUACAAGGGGAAGUUGUUCUGA